AGGGCAACGAAGCAAAGGGGUUCCUCUUGUAUUUAUGCAGUCCGCGGGGGCGGAGGAGCGCGUUGCGUCUGAUGCCUGGGGAGGAGCCUAGCAGUUGAUUGUGACGUCAGACGGAUCCUCUUCUGUGACGUCACAAAGAGACUCGGGUCUUGGGAGCUGGCUUGCAUUCUGCUUGAAGACCUCUGCAAAGCUCUCUCCAUUGCACUGCAUCGCUGCUCCAACCCUCCCUAGGAGAGCCUUAAUUCCUGAUGGAGCCAGUUGCCUGUCAAGCCCUCCUCGAAAACCCAGGUCCUGCUGACAAGGAAGAUCCUGAUCCGGCAUCCCAGCCUCCAGCGUGCCUAGACAGGGCCCGGCAUGGGGCCAUGCAAGAGGAUCUUGAUUCAGGAUCCCAGCCUCCAGCGUGCAUAAACAGGGCUCGGCGUGGGACUGUGCAAGAGGAUCCGGAUCCAGCGUCCCAGCCUUCAGCGGGCCUAGGCAGGGGCCGGCGUGGGGCCAUGCAAGAUGAUCCUGAUUCAGCAUCCCAGCCUCCAGCGUGCAUAAGCAGGGCCCGGCGUGGGACCGUGCAAGAGGAUCCGGAUCCAGCGUUCCAGCCUCCAGCGGGCCUAGGUAGAGCCCGGCGUGGGGCCAUGCAAGAGGAUCCGAGUCCAGCAUCCCACCCUCCAGCAGGCCUAGGGAGGGCCUGGCGUGGGGCCAUGCAGAAGGAUCCCAGUCCAGCGUCCCAGCCUCCAGUGUGCCUAGACAUGGCUCAGCGUGGGGUCGUGCAAGGCAAGGUUAGCACCCUCUACCUGAAGCUCCUCUCCUUGCGUGUUGGGCUGACAGGCUGGUUCUUCUGCCUCAAGAAGAUUCAGUGGGACAUGGUGCGAUGGAUCCACGUCUCCUUGGAGCUGGCCAUCGACGUCUUCUUCAGCUGGGUGCAAAAUGCCCUCUUGGCUUCCAUGAUGUUUCUGCUGCUGGCUUGGAAGGUUCACAGCGGGGCCAAGCAGCACGGCUGGAGGACACUGCUGUGGAGCUUGGCAGCCGAGGUGCAGCAUGCCUGGAGCCAAUCUCUGAUGAGGGAUCGUUGCUGCAACCUGAAGAGCUUUGUGGCACGAGUGGCCUGGGCUCCAGCCUGCUGUUUCAUCUCAGUCGUCUGCUACCUGGUCCGGGCUUUGGAGGCCAUCUUCGCCCAGGCUGUGACGAUGGCUGGAGAAGAAGAAGCAGCUGACGAAGCCUUGCCUGAAUCAGUGUCUGCUCUUGUCCUUCAGCAUGAGGAAGGAGAGCCAAGUGGCAGUCAAUAAACAAUCUCUGGAC